AUGGCCAACUUCACAAUGGUGAGAGGAUUUCUCCUCAUGAGCUUUUCCAAAACGUGGGAGUUGCAGGUCUUGCAUGCUAUGCUGUUCUUACUGAUCUACUUGGUGGCUCUGAUGGGGAAUCUACUCAUCUUCACCCUAAUUUCUCUAGAUGGGCACCUCCACAACCCCAUGUACUUCUUCUUGAAGAAUUUGUCCUUUUUAGAUCUUUGCUUUAUUUCUACUAUAGUUCCCAAAUCUAUUACAAAUUUUCUGAGCCACAGACAUUCCAUUUCUUUCUUAGGGUGUGUGUUACAGGUCUUUUUAGUGAUUUUAUGUUCAGGAUCAGAGCUUCUUCUUCUCACAGUAAUGUCUUAUGACCGCUAUGUGGCCAUCUGUCAGCCCCUGCACUAUGAAGUCAUCAUGAACAAAGGAAAUUGUUUAAGGAUGGCAGCUGCCUCCUGGAUCACUGGAGGUUUGUUUGGGGCCCUGUACUCAGCUAACAUAUUUUCAUUACCAUUCUGUGGCUCCAGUGAGAUCCAUCAGUUCUUCUGUGAUGUCUCUUCCUUACUCAGGAUCUCCUGUUCUGAGACAUACAUUGCAGUUGAUGUGAGUGUAGCCAUUGGAAUAAGCUUAGCGAUUUUCUGCUGUAUUUCCAUAGCAAUAUCUUAUGGUCACAUCUUCUCAACUGUACUGAAAAUUCCAACCUCAGAGAGGAGGUCAAAAGCCUUCUCCACUUGCCUGCCCCAUCUCAUAGUUCUACUGAUUUUUAUCACAACUGGGUUCAUGGAUCAUCUAAAGCCACCUUGGGACUCUGAGUCAGUUCUAGAUAUGUUGUUGCCUAUGUUCUAUAUAGUAGUGCCCCCAACCUUGAACCCUGUCAUCUAUAGCCUGAGGAAUAAGGAUAUUAAGAUUUCUGUGAAGAAGCUAAUAGCCUGGAAACAUUUCCCAGAGGGAUUAAUAAUAAAGUCUUUUCCAUGA